AUGGACGCUUUAUGGAACAAUCUUCCACCUGUGACCAAGGGUUGGUCUGUGGCAUGCGUUGCUACCUCGACACUUAUUACCAUUAAUAGAUUGAAAUUAAUGAAUUUGUUGUUUAUUCCGUCCAAAAUAUAUAGCCAGAAUCAAACAUGGCGACUAAUUACAUCAUUCAUAACAUUUGGAGAUCUAAGCUUUGAGCUAGUGUACCGUUUGUGGGCUAUUUCUACGUCAUGUGGAGAAAUUGAAAGUCUAUUUCAAACAAAAUUCACACAAUUUCCGUUAUACAUUGUCGAUGCCUUGAGUACUGAACAAUUGGAAAUUCUAAGGCAGUUGAUUGAUAGAAACAGGUCGAUCGAUUUCCUCUAUUAUGUCAUGCAAAUAUGUUUUUCGAUCAUUGUUGGUGCAACGAUUCUAUUUUACAAGAUAAGCUUAAUUACACCUCAAUUGGGACUCGUUUUAAUUCAAGUUUUCCAAUACUAUAGCUCCAAGUUGAACCCAUUGGAGAUGGUCAACUUCUUCGGAUUCCGUUUUAGAAACAUGUACCAACCAUAUCUCCUAGCAUUUGUGAAUUUAUUGAUCAGUGAUACUGGGGCUGGGCAAAACAACGAGCCGACACAGAAUGGAAAUGGUAACAAUUGGAAUUUCGGCUUACGGAGUUUUUGGAAUGUUUUUCGAAACCCAAUGAUUUGGUUUUACGUUAUGAGUUUUGGUUUGGGACAUUUUUGGUGGUGUAGUAGAGAAGUUAUCCUUGGAAGUGUUCAUUACAAUGAUGACGGAGAUGCUACACACUUGGAAGCGGAUUCUAGAGAUGGAAGAAUCAAAAAGAGGAAGCUACUCAAACAAAAUGGCAUUUGGAAGUUUGAUUUGGUGAAGGAAGCUUUAGUUAUACUAUUGCUACCUCCUUGGUAUUGGAUUAUGUUGUCUAAAAUCAAGCAACAACAUCCCCAUGAUGUGCGUCGUCCACGUCAUGCACCACCUGAGCUCCAGCAGCCUGUAGUAGAGGAGAUGAGAGAGAACUUAGAGCAAGUUGACGAACGUGCAGAGGAACAGGUUAUACGACAUCUUGACCAGGUGGAGUAA